UGUCCUAGCUGUAAUGGAAACAACAACAUGAAUGCUGAUGGCCUCAGAUUCAGUGGUCUCAUUUUCUGGUCGUAAAAGAGCACACGCCACCAAACUCAAUCAUGUAUGGUCAACAAGUCCACGUGACUCAUUGACUUUCAAGAAUUGGAUACAAAAUGACGUGGACCUAAAUAUAUCCACUACCCUUUUCUCCCUUGCCUAUGCUAUACAAGUUAAUGCUGCCUAUCACUCAAUGCUCAUCAAACAUUUUCCCAAGCUUUUGCGAUUCUCUUGCUCAGGUCAGUAAUUGUAAACGUGCAAGACAAUGGCCGCAUCAAGUGCCAUGCAAUCCCUCCUGUUGGCAAGUCCUGUGACUUGCGUUGCUAAUAGGAGCAAGGUGAUUCAAUUUUCUCCUGUAAAAUCUGUGCCUCGUUUGCAGAGGAAUGCCAAUCUUCAGGUCCGGUGCUUGGCAGAGGGAGAUCAGCAGCAAUUACCAGCAACGCAUGUAACAAGUUCAACCCCAGAACCUAAACCGAAACCGUCUCCAGCAGCGCCAAAAGUGAGCACGAAAUUCUCUGAUGUAUUAGCAUUCAGUGGACCAGCACCGGAGAGGAUCAACGGGAGACUGGCGAUGGUUGGGUUUGUUGCAGCCCUGGUAGUGGAGCUAUCCAAGGGCCAAGAUGUGUUUACCCAAAUAUCAAACGGUGGUAUCCAAUUGUUCCUUGGAACCAGCAUUGUGCUCUCACUUGCAUCAUUGAUCCCAUUAUUUAGAGGUGUGACAGCAGAGUCCAGAUCUGAAGGGUUCAUGACUUCGGAUGCUGAGUUGUGGAAUGGGAGAUUGGCCAUGUUGGGACUUGUUGCUUUGGCAUUCACUGAAUAUGUUAAGGGCGGAACCCUUGUGUGACUCUGUUUUUGACUUUAUUUAUUUUCUAAUUUAGGUCAUAUAAUGCUAAAAUGAGGCGUAAU